CUGCGCACCGUCAAGAAGGAGGUGAAGCAGAUCAUGGAAGAGGCCGUCACGCGCAAGUUUGUCCACGAAGACAGCAGCCACAUCAUCUCCUUCUGUGUUAUUUUCAGAUUCCAAAGGGACUCUGUUGAAAAAUAUGGAGAAGAAAUUAAAAAUGACUUCUACACCCCCAUGAAGGAGCUCUGGUGGUGCAGUGGUUCAGCGCUCGGCUGCUAGCCGAAAGGUCAGCAAUUCGAACCCACCAGCAGCUCCAUGGGAGAAAUGACUUGGCGAUCUGCUCCCAUAAGGGUUUCAGACUAGGAAACCCUAUGGAGCACCUCUAUGUCCUAUAGGGUUGCUACGAGAAUUGACUCAGUGGGAAUACCAUCACUGUCCCCAUGAGGUGCCUGGAUGGUGCAAAUGGUUAAGCACUUGACUACUAAGUGAAAAGUUUGGCUGUUCAAACCCACCCAGAGGCACCUCGGAAGACAGGCCUGGCAAUCUGCUUCUGAAAAGUCACAGUCUUGAAAAACCCUGUGGAGCACAAUUUUACCCUGCACACAUGGCGUCACCGUGAGUCGGAAUCAACUCAUUGGCAGUUGGGCUGGAUCAACCCCACUAAGAGGUGACCCUGGUUCACGUUGGAGGUGUUGUCUCUCCGUCCCCGUGAGUUCUGUUAACACUGACUCUCACUCAGCACAAGGUAAGAGUGGUUUUACGUCUGAGGAACAGAGUUAGUGUUCUUUACUCUCCCUGCCUAAGGUUGUUGUAAAUCGGGAGCAGAUGGAUGGAGACUUUAAAACAAAAUAGGGAGUUAAGAGCCAGUGACACAACCUGAGGAAUCACGUCCAGCUGUCUCAGCAAGGGAGACAGGCCCAGGGCUCAGAUUGUGACUCACCCCCAGCCAGCUCUGCUGACGAGGUGCUAGAAAUAAGCGCAUUCCCAGGUCCCUCCCGCACUUUCCCAAUGGGUGGACACACGUGCCGUGCAUGUCCCUGGAGCCAGGAUUCAGUUUAGUCAGCGUGUACAUGUAUGUGGGAGUGUCUUUUUCUUUUUUCUCCCUGAAAAGCUUCUUAGUGAGCCAUUGGAGUGUCUCUGAAUGAGGACAUGCUUCCCUCCUGUGACCUUGGCUCUAUGGAGAGGCCUGAGCAAGGAGACCGGGCCAGGUCAUCAGCAUCUGCCAGAUGGCUGAGGGCACCACCAAAUGGGCCCACAGCACGCCAUGACUUUGGAGUCCACUGAUGUCAGUUCAUCCCAUGUGCAGCCAGACAGGCCUGGAAUCAGAUCCCAUCUCUGCCACUGCCUUGUCACAUGACUUUGGGCAAGAUUUUUUUUAAGUGAAAUAUGCUUAUUUAAAUAUAAAUAGUCCCCGACUUACAACAUAUUCAGGUUAUGAUGAACUGCCCUUAAACGACCGUCUGUUUUUUGUUUUUUUUACGUCUCAUCAUUAGUGGUAUAUACUACAUACAAUGUUGCUGCUUGUAAUUUGCUGAUGUCAUCAUUCUCAGAUGUUCACUCUUGGAUGUUCAAUGUUAUGAUUUACUGUUCAAAAAACUGCCAAAUAGCAGGCUGUGAAAAAAAAAAUUAAGUAUUCAGCUUACAUCAGAACCAACUUAGGAUGGAGUCAUUGGAACGGAACCCCAUUGUGAGCCGGGGUCUACCUGUAUAUGAUUCCACUUAGAUGAAGUACCUAUUGUUGUUAACUGCUGUUGAAUCGUCCCCCAACUUGUGGUGACCCCAUGCACAACGGGAUGGACCAUUGUGAUCCAUAGGGUUUUCCUUGGCUAGUUUUCUAAAGUAGAUCACCAGGCCUUUCUUCCUAGUCUGUCUUAGUCCAGCAGCUCCGCUGAAACCUAUUCAGCAUCAUGGCAACACACAAGCAUCCACUGACAAACAGGUGGUGGCUGCGCAUGAGCUCAUGAGCUUCUUCUGCAAGGAAGGCUCAAAUUGAAUUCUACCACUAAACCGCCUCUGCGCCAAUAUGAAGCCUCCAGGAUAGGCAAAUGAACAGAGACAAAAGUAGAUCGAUGGUUACCAGGGGCUGGGCAGAGGGAACCAGUGGGAAGUUACUGCUUCAUGGAGACUGAGUUUCUGUUUCAGGUGGAGAAAAUUAUAGAGUUGAAUGGUGGUGGCGGUUACACAGUACUGCGAAUGUAAUUAAUGCCACUGAAUUGUACACUUAUAAAUGGUUAGAGGGGCAACUUUUAUGUUAUAUAUAUUUUUUUAGCACAAUAAAAUUAUAUGUAUAUAAUCCCAGCUUUUUGUUUCCUCCUGGACAUUUUUAUUUGGAAAUAAAAGAAUAAGCAUGUCCAUUUCAGAACUUGCUACCUACCAAUGAAAAGACUUAGAGGAAUAGAAAGUGAUAAAAAUUACAGUAAUUCUCUAACUCUGAUCAAAGUUUAUGGGUGGGAGAAAUUUGAUGACACUUAAUCGAGUUCCUGGGUAGUAGAAAUGGUUAAUGCCCUUGGGUACUAACUGAAAGGUUGGAGGUUUGAGUCCACCCAGCAGUGCCUGGGAAGAAAGGCCUGGUGAUUUGCUUCUGAAAUGUCAUAGCCAUUGAAAACCCUAUGGGGCACCGUUCUACUUUGACCCACAUGGGUUUGCCAUGAGUCAGAAUCAACUCGAUGCCAAUGGGUUUUUUUUAAAAGAAUCUUCUUGAGGUUUCUUUUGUCCAUUGUUUCUUAGAGGCCAUUGUCAGAAAGAAUUGAACAAUGCCUUCACGAAAAGCACUAUGUACGUAAAUUAAAAUUAAGAUAGUUAAGAGAUCCUCACGCAGAAUAUUUUAAAUCCAUGAGCGCAUUAGGCAAUAUGUGGGCAUUUGUUCCAGGUCAAGUAAUUGCUGACAAAAAAACUAAAGACAGGUGAUGAAACCAGAACUUUUCACCUCCUAUCACAGCAAGGCCUUGGCCAAGGUCCUAACCCUUGGAGGCUGGUUUAGCUCUUCUGUGAAAUGGCAAUGACCAGAGGGCUUACUUCAUGGGUUUUAUUGGGAGGAUUAGGUAAGGCGAAUGUUAGCACUGGCCAGACACCCAGCAGGUGCCCAUUGAGGAGUAGCUUACUUACUAAGUAAUAUACUUACUUUUGCAAGAAAUAUUGAUUAGGCACCUAUUGCAGACCAGUGAGGAUCCCUGGUAUCACAGUGGUUAAGCACUCUACUGCUAACCAAAAAGUCAGCAGUUUGAAGCCAUCAGCUGCUCUGUGGGAGAAAAGGCCUGGCAAUCUGCAGCAAAGAUUACAGCCUAGGAAACCCUAUAGGGCAGUUCUACUCUUGUCCCAUAGGGUGGCUAUGAGUCGGAAUCGACUCGGUGGCAUACAACAAGAGCUUACCAGGGCAAGCUCUUUGUCUACUGUGCAAGCCAGAAGAUAAUAGAGGACUGAAAGUACCAGGAAUAAGAUACAGCUGUCAGAAUGCGCUGCACAGAGCCUGUUUCCCAGAAGGGAAUACUGAGGCCCAGAAAAGGAAAGUGAUUUUCCUGAGAUCACACAGCAUGUUAUUGGUAGAGCCCAGGCUACAACCCAGGCCUCCUGAUGGAGGAGGGCUGGGCAGGGCCUCCAGGGAGAACAGAGAAAUGGGAAGGCUACAACUGUUCAAAGGUCCUUGUCGGGACCACAAAUCCGGUCCUGGAUUUGAAUCCCGACUCCAACACUUUAUUUGCUGGGUGGCCUUGGACAAAUCAGUUCACCCUUCUGAGCCUCCGUUUCUGCAUCUGAUAAAUGGGGAUCCUUUUGGUUUCUUCCCUGGCUGUGGUGAGAAUUGAAUGAGAUCCAUAAAUGUUACCUGUUUCUGCAAUCACUAUAAUAGUGAUGAUGAUGAAGGUUCUUUAACUGAGAUAAAACUCAGCAGCCAUGUAGUCCAGUUAUUAUUAUAAUAAUAAAAAUGUUCAUAAAGCACUGUAUGCCAGGCUUUGUGCUAUGUGCUUUCUGUUCGUUUUUUCCACUUCAUCCUAACAGUAACCUUAUGAGGUCAAUGUUUAUACUAUCCCCAUUUUACAGAUGAGAAAACUGAGGGAAAGAAAGGCAGUAAUUUCCUACAGUCACACAGCUGCGGCUGUGGAGGCGUGUGUCCUGCACGGGCUGCGGCGGAGGGCAGCUGGCUUCCUGCGCAGCAACAAGAUCGCAGCUCUCUUCAUGAAGGUAGGCAAGAGCUUCCCGCCGGCCGAGGAGCUCAGCCGCAAGGUCCAGGACCUGGAGCAGCUGAUCGAGAGCGCGCGGAACCAGAUCCAGGGCCUCCAGGAGAAUGUGCGCAAGCUACCAAAGCUGCCCAGCCUGUCCCCCCUCGCCAUCAAGCACCUGUGGAUCCGCACAGCCUUGUUUGAGAAGGUCCUGGACAAAAUCGUGCAUUACCUUGUGGAAAACAGCAGUAAAUACUAUGAGAAGGAAGCUCUCUUGAUGGACCCUGUGGACGGCCCCAUCCUCGCGUCUUUGUUGGUGGGGCCUUGUGCCCUGGAGUACACCAAGAUGAAGACUGCGGAUCAUUUCUGGACUGACCCCUCAGCCGAUGAGCUCGUCCAGAGGCACCGCAUCCACGGCUCACACCUGCGACAGGACUCGCCCACCAAGCGUCCAGCCCUCUGCAUCCAGAAGAGGCAUUCGAGUGGUAGCAUGGACGACCGGCCGUCCCUCUCCGCCCGUGACUAUGUGGAGUCCUUGCAUCAGAACUCCCGUACCACCCUGCUCUAUGGCAAGAACAACGUCCUGGUCCAGCCGAGAGACGACAUGGAGGCCGUGCCGGGGUACCUGUCCCUGCACCAGACAGCUGACGUCAUGACCUUAAAGUGGACACCCAACCAGCUGAUGAAUGGGUCUGUGGGGGACCUGGACUAUGAGAAGAGCGUCUACUGGGAUUAUGCCAUGACCAUCCGCUUGGAGGAGAUUGUUUAUCUGCACUGCCACCAGCAAGUGGACAGCGGCGGGACGGUGGUAUUGGUCAGCCAGGAUGGGAUCCAGCGGCCGCCCUUCCGCUUCCCCAGGGGUGGGCACCUCCUGCAGUUCCUCUCGUGCCUGGAGAAUGGACUGCUUCCUCAUGGACAGCUGGACCCACCUCUCUGGUCCCAGCGGGGGAAGGGCAAAGUAUUUCCCAAACUGCGCAAGCGAAGCCCUCAGGGGUCCGCCGAGUCCACAUCUUCAGACAAGGAAGACGACGAGGCCACAGAUUACGUGUUCAGGAUCAUCUACCCCGGCAUGCAGUCCGAAUUUGGCCCCCAGGACUUGAUGGAUGUCUCUGUGAGCAAUCUGCCAUCCCUAUGGCAACCCAGCCCUCGGAAGUCCUCCUGCUCAUCGUGUUCCCAGAGCGGCUCAGCUGAUGGUGGCUCCACCAACGGCUGCAACCAUGAGAGGGCUCCCCUGAAGCUGCUCUGUGACAACAUGAAGUACCAGAUCCUCUCCAGAGCCUUCUACGGAUGGCUUGCCUACUGCAGACACCUGUCUACCGUGAGGACCCACCUGUCAGCCCUGGUCAACCACAGGAUCGUGUACCCGGACUUGCCCUGCGAUGCUGGACACGGGCUGACAGCAGGGAUCUGGGAGCAGUACCUUCAGGAUAGCACAAGUUACGAGGAGCAGGAGCUGCUGCGUCUCAUCUACUACGGGGGCAUCCAGCCAGAGAUCCGCAAGGCUGUGUGGCCCUUCCUUCUGGGCCACUACCAGUUUGGGAUGUCGGCAGCAGAAAGGAAGGAGGUGGAUGAGCAGGUCCACGCCUGCUACGCACAGACCAUGGCUGAGUGGCUGGGCUGCGAGGCCAUCGUGCGGCAGAGAGAGCGCGAGUCCCACGCGGCCGCCCUGGCCAAAUGCUCGUCGGGGGCCAGCCUAGACAGCCACCUGCACCGGAUGAUGCACCGGGACUCCACCAUCAGCAACGAGUCCUCACAGAGCUGCAGUUCCGGCCGCCAGAACAUCCGCCUACAGAGCGACUCCAGCAGCAGCACACAGGUGUUCGAGUCUGUGGAUGAGGUAGAGCAGGUGGAGGCAGAAGGCAGGUUGGAGGAGAAGCACCCCAAGAUCCCCAAUGGGAACCUGGUCAACGGCACGUGCUCCCCAGACUCCGGCCACCCUUCCUCCCACAACUUCUCGUCAGGCCUCUCAGAGCACUCAGAGCCCAGCCUGAGCACGGAAGACAGUGUCAUGGAUGCCCAACGGAAUGUGCCCCCAGUGCUGCAGCCCGGGGACAGCAGCGUGGAUGACGGACAGAGCAGCGAGGCCACCACUUCCCGGGACGAGGCCCCCCGGGAGGAGCUGGCUGUGCAGGACAGCCUGGAGAGCGACCUCCUCGCCAAUGAAAGCAUGGACGAGUUCAUGUCCAUCACUGGCAGCAUGGACGUGGCCUUGCCCGACAAGGAGGGCAUGGGGAUGGAUGGCUGGGAGGGCAGCGAGGCUGAGAAGCGCAGCCAGGCGGACAGCGAGGACAACCUCUCAGAGGAGCCCGAGAUGGAAAGUCUCUUCCCCGCUCUGGCUUCCCUGGCCGUGACCACUUCUGCCAAUAGCGAGGCGUCCCCUGUGUCUUCCAGUGGUGUCACCUACUCUCCGGAGCUGCUGGACCUGUACACGGUGAACCUGCACCGCAUCGAGAAGGACGUGCAGAGGUGCGACCGGAACUACUGGUACUUCACGCCUGCCAACCUGGAGAAGCUGCGCAACAUCAUGUGCAGCUACAUCUGGCAGCACAUUGAAAUCGGCUAUGUCCAGGGCAUGUGUGACCUCCUGGCCCCACUGCUGGUCAUCCUGGAUGACGAGGCCCUUGCCUUCAGCUGCUUCACAGAGCUAAUGAAGAGAAUGAACCAGAACUUCCCCCACGGGGGCGCCAUGGACACGCAUUUCGCCAACAUGAGGUCGCUGAUCCAGAUCCUGGACUCGGAGCUCUUCGAGCUGAUGCAUCAGAACGGGGACUACACCCACUUCUACUUCUGCUACCGCUGGUUCCUGCUGGAUUUCAAGCGAGAACUCAUCUAUGAUGACGUCUUUUCAGUCUGGGAGACCAUCUGGGCAGCCAAACACGUCUCAUCCGCCCACUAUGUCCUGUUCAUCGCGCUGGCUCUGGUAGAGGUCUACCGCGACAUCAUCUUGGAGAACAACAUGGAUUUCACAGACAUCAUCAAAUUCUUUAAUGAAAUGGCUGAGCGACACAACAGCAAGCAAGUCCUGAAGCUGGCCCGGGACCUCGUGUACAAGGUGCAGACUCUGAUUGAGAACAAGUGAGGGGCACCUCACCAGGCAGCAUCAGUUGAGGCGCCACCUGCCUACCCUCUGCCCACUUUCUUCCCGGCCGUCGUGCUGCCCAGGAGCAAGGUCCUGGCAUCUCGCGGGUGGGCAUUAACUUCUGUGCAAAGAGAAACUACCCCAACUUUGGCCUCUAGGCAGGUGGGGGGCAAGAGGUUGCCCCUUCAGUUCAGCCUUACGUUUUCCUAUUUGACCAAAGAUCGCCCAAGCCUGGGACUUCUCCCGUCCGGGAGCUGGGGAUUGUUGAUGCGUGAGGGAAACACCUUCCUUCAUGCUCUCCAGAGCGGUCUCGUCGUCUUCUCUCUCCUAUUCCUCCAAACUCUCUGUCAGAUAAGCCUUGGGGAGGGUAUUUUUGGAGAAAAUGAUGUAGGAGAGGUCUAUGGGACCACUUCUUUACUCUGAAUGGGGCCUUUGGGAAUGUUCUGGAACAUUGCUAGAAGCUUGGCUAGGAGGAGGGUUUCCCCAACUUGGCACUUUACUGACACAUGGGGCUGGAUGAUUCUUUGUUGUGGGGGCUGUCCCAUGCAUUGUAGGAUGGUGAGCAGCAUCCCUAGCCUCUUCCCCCUUAGAUGCUGGUAGCACCCCCAUUGCAACCAUGAUAACCAAAAAUGUCUCCAGACAUUGCCAAAUGAUCCCUUUGGAGCAAAAUCACCCUAAGUUGAGAACCACUGGCUUAGAGGAGAAGCUACAGAUGUAUAUCCCUCCCCACUUUCUUUAUUGCUAAUCCACCCUGUGCUCUGAGGUGCCCUCCCACUCAACCCCCCCCCGACACACACACACUUCAAAAAGCACAGGGAAUCCCUCACACAGCUCUCUUGAAGUCAAUUCCAUUUUUGUAUUCUCUCAUUUUUCCUCCUCUGCCUGAUAUCAGGGGAUACUUUUUGUCUCCUCAAGAAAGGGUGAUAGAACUCAAAAAGUGUCUCGCAGGUGUGAGAUAGCCCCAGCUCUCUCUGGCCCUGCCUGUGACUCCUCCCCACCCAGGCAGGGCAGAGUCCACAUCCCCCUCCCCGCUCGUCUCUCUCUCCACAUAUCGGGGCUGGUGUCCCAGAGGCUUUGCAGGUGUGCGUUGGUGAAAGCCAUUUGAUCAGGGAGGUAGGUUUUUUCCUAAGUGCCCUUGCUCACUCAGGACAAAGGAGGAAAAAGAAGACAGAGGUAAGCCAGGGUAGAGUGUGUUGUAUAUUUUCCUUAGAAAGCAUCUGCCGCUGGAGCUGGUUGGGGCCAGGGUCAUGGCUAAGUCUGGGAACAGUCCCCUCCACGUCUUCAUGUGAAGGUUCGCCAAUCCACAAACAGGCCUGAGAUUAGCUAGUUUACCCUGCCCCCCGUCCCUAUUUUAGAGCAGUCUUAUUGGCCCCUCCUUUCAGAGAACCCACCAGAACUGGGGGAGACAGAAACAAGGCAGGGCUGAAUGCUCUUCCCAGGAAACCUGCCACCUAUAGGGCAGUCAAAGAAUGACAGUUGGGAUUUUGGAGAGGGGGACCAGUCACUGUAGGGUCUCUUCAGACUCAUGGUGACCCCAUGUGUUGUCAGGGUAGAACUGUGCUCCAUAGGGCUUUCAGUGACUGACUUUUGGGAAGUACAUUGCCAGGCCUUUCUUCCAAGGUGCCUCUGGGUAGACUCAAUCCUCCAACCGUUUGCACCAUCCACGGACUCCUUUGGAGAGGGGAGGAGAUAAAUAAAGCACAUGGAAGUAUUUGCAGAAGGGGCGUGUCAGCCCUGAACAAACCAGGAGGUUGGGGGAUAUCCCUGCCCUGUGUGCUUGUGAAGGUCUCUUUGCUUGGGCACAGUGCCCUUCAGCUGAACCUGAACCUGAACCCCCGACCUCACCCUGAGAAAGGCCUCUGGGGCAGGAUGGAAGAGGCCUAAACUGCCCUUGCUUCACAGAGCACCCUAGGGGACAUUUGAAGUUUGAGGAGCCUUUGCCGGUCCUGCCUCUUAUCCCACCCCAAUAAAUCAGGAAGAGAGGAGAGAGCAGGGUUCCCCCUGUUAGAAUCACAUUCUCUCAUCCUGCUCCCCCAGCUUCCCAAGAGGGGCAAAAACGUGUAAAAGGCCCCUCCAGAUAGAAAUGUAUUUUGCCAUUCAGUUGUUCUCUACAGACAAUGUUAUUUUAGCAAGAUCCAGGCCCUAGACUUCUGGUUCUUCUUUAUUUUUCUGACAGACUGGUCAAAAGACACAGCACAAGACCCCUUCUCAGCCUUCUUUCCUGGUGUUCCCAAGAGCCUCUGUGGUUGUGAUUUGAAAUACUAGUAUUUAUUCUGUUCACUGUGCUUCUUCAGGUCUCUGUACGCUGUGUGCGUGUCCUUGUGCCCUGGCAUGUAACACGUGGGAGUCACUGUGUCCACGGAGUGCCCUUCUUUUUUCAGUAUUGCCAACAUAUCUUGUCAAUGUUUACUGAAGAAUUGUGUCAAUAAAUAGAAAAAAAUAUAUGUAAAUGGA